AUGAGUAUUGUAAGGCCAUUUGGAGCUCUUUUGCAGUGUAGUUAUCGAGGAACAGUUAGUAGAAGCUUUAAAAUCGGCACCAAAAUGAUGACGAAUGGAGGAUCGUGCGUGAAGUUAGAGAACGAUGAGGAUGGCAGGCGGUCGGAUAGCAAACGGGCGCUUAUAGCGAUUACCGACGGUAGCGCGAUUCGCCAGGCUGCUAACCUGCUCGAAUCCGGACAAGUGAUUGCCCUGCCGACCGAUACCGUGUACGGUCUCGCUUGUAGCGCCAACAAUCCGGCCGCUAUACAGAAGCUGUACGCCAUCAAGGGACGCCACGAGCAGAAACCGGUAGCCAUUUGUGUGGCCGAUUUCGACGAUCUGCGGUACUGGGGACAGGCGGAUCAUCUGCCAGAUGCCCUUCUGCAGCAACUGCUCCCUGGUGCGGUCACUAUCGUGGUUCGGAAAUCGCUCCAUUUGGAUAAUCCCUUUCUGAAUCCGGGUAUCGAAAAAAUAGGUAUUCGUAUACCGGAUUUCAAGUUUAUCCGCGAUGUGUCUCGAGCAUUCCGGUAUCCGAUAGCCCUAACCAGUGCCAACAAGAGCGCAUGCCAAAGUACGCUGAACGUGCAUGAGUUCCAGUGUCUCUGGAGCAGUUUGGGUGCGGUGUUUGAUGGCGGUCAACUUGGUCAGUCCGAUGAGCAGCGGGCCGCAUCAACGGUGAUCGAUCUGUCGGAGGAUGGUUCAUAUCAACUGAUUCGAUCGGGCGUCGCGGCCGAGCAUACGAAAGCGGUGGUCGAGCGGUUUAACUUCUUCGCUGCCGAUAGUCGUUCUGAUGGCGAGAUGAAUUGAAUAAAGUAGUAUUUAAAACCCUUA